UUUUAUCCUAUUGCCCUGUGAGUGAACGUAUUGCGUUUCUGACYAGUAGAAAUCGUUUUGCUUGUUGUGGUUGCGCUCUCUUUUUAUUUGCUCCUUUUAUGGUCAUUGAUCUGAUAUUUCGUUUCCUGCGUGCUCACGCACAAAUAAACAAGUGGACAACCGGCAGGUUGGGAGCCCUGUGUAAUUUGGGCUUCCUGUGUUAUUAAGACAAAAUGGCGGCAGGAACUGARAAGAAGGUUCGUCGAUUACCUCAAACAGUUACCUUGUAUUUGGUACUUUACAAUGCUAUACAAGCCAUAGGGUGGUCGUUGAUCCUUUUUGUUGGCAUUUCACAUUUUGUACGUCAACAUUGUUACAAAGGUCUGUACUCUGCUGUCAGAAUACCAUUACUGAUCUUCCAGACUGCAGCCAUCUUGGAGGUUGUGCAUUGUGCAGUUGGUUAUGUCCGUUCUUCUGUUUUCUUGACUGGUUUCCAGGUUGCUUCCCGUCUUUUUCUAACAUGGGCAGUUGUGUACAGCAUACCACAGGUACAGGACUGUCUUGGUGUGGCAGCAUUCAUCUUUGCCUGGUCACUGACUGAAGUCAUUCGAUAUUCAUUCUAUGUGUGUUCGUUGGUCAGUGUGUUGCCUUAUGCUCUGCAGUGGUGCAGGUAUACAUUCUUCAUAUUCCUGUAUCCUAUCGGUGUAACUGGGGAGUUAUUUACGAUAUACACUUCACUACCCUUUGUCAAAGCAUCUAAUAUCUAUUCUUAUCCAUUGCCAAAUAUGGUCAACUUUGGCUUCAGUUACUACGUGUUCCUUGUGCUUGUGAUGUUCUCCUACAUACCAAUUUUCCCCCAGUUGUACUUCCAUAUGUUGGCACAGAGACAAAAAAUCAUCUCAUCACCACCCCCCAAGAAACAAGACUAAACUGACCUCAUCACCACCCCCCAAGAAACAAGACUAAACUGACCUCAUCACCACCCCCCAAGAAACAAGACUAAACUGACCUCAGUCCACCUCCAUCCUAAAAAGACGAUAAUUCUAUUAGAUGUCAGUUGACUAAUGUAACACGAACUGUGAAAUUUUUAGAUAAUUUCAAUUAUAGGAGUACUGGACUAUAUCAUUGCAUCACUGUUACCAUGACAAUGGAUCGAUUGUAUUCGUCAUAAGACGCAAUACAUAAAUUCUUUUUUUAUAAAUUUAUUCUCGUUUCUCCAGUUAUUUUAUCGUAAGUAAAAAGAUAGUGCUAUAUAAGAUUGUUGCUUUAUCAAGUUCUGACGAAAAUCAUGAUUUGCGUGUUUCCGAUUGGCUGGACACUUAUAUCACAAGUGUAUAAAUGUCUUAUAUGAGAAUAUAUACUAAAGUAUUUUGG